AUGCCGCUCCGGGAACACGUCCGCGUCGAGACCACAUCCUUUGCACCGGGCGAGCUGCCGCUGUCCGCGCGCACCCUCUGCGUCGUCUCGUGCCUCCGCAUCGUCACGGGCGCCGGCAUCCCGCUGUGUCUCGUGGGCCGCGUCACGGCCGCGUUCUACAACGACCGCGGCCUGCCCGUCUGGAGCCGCCGUGUGCUCCUGUGCAAGAUUGAGUCGUUCGGCCACGAGAGGGACCUCGUCUGUCAUCUCGCUCCCACCAGAAUCGAGACGAAGACGUCACUUCUUCAACGUCUUCCGAGGGUCAAGAAACCAUUGAAAUCCCGCAAGACGAGCAUCACCAAUACCUCUUACACCGCCACCAACAUCGCACACCUGUCGCACCGCUACUCCCACCAGCAGCUGAUUCACCACCCGCUCCCUCCCACCCUCAACCCACAGUACCCGACCUACUUAACCCCAAGCAACAACCGCAGAAUCCCCUCUGCCCUCCCCUUUGGCCCCAGCCAACCUCUCGCUCCCGUCCGCAGCUGCCCGUCGCCCUCCAGCUCCGGCCACUGGUACACCUCGUUCAGCCCGCAGGAGCGUCGCUGGAUCAACACCUGGCAGCCGAGCUGA